GGACUCGGAAAAACAAGCUACGGUGGUUAUGAACACCCAACUGUUCUAUACUUUUAACACAUGUCAUGCAAAUAUAUACAUCCGUAUAAAAUAUGUGCACGUCGAUCGGGGAAUCACAGGUUUGUUACAGCGGCGGGGUGAGGUGAACUUCGCAAUCCAUGCUGAAUGUGGAAGCCAGUCCAAAAAGAGACUUCGAACACUGGUUGGUGAUCACUGACCCCAGGGGUUUCCAGGCUAGAGUGAGUGUUCCGUUUCACAGCGUCGGGUCUUCACUUCUAUUCACUUUGAACCAGCAAGAGUUAAAAUGGACAUCUUCACCAUCUUGUUCUAUCUGUCAUCAGCGUUGGUAGCAACUGUUGCAUAUAGCAACAAAGGACCCGGUACCACCCAGAACAUCACGGAAGUAUUGACCGGGAGAUGCGAGGAAUACCGGAAAUGCCUCUUGGGAGAGCCUUGUCUUCCAUAUUAUCGUCGUGUAAAUUGUGCUAGAGUAGUGGACUUGUUCUUAGGAGGCGUUCUCAAUGUAGAUCCUUGUGGGACCCCACCUGACGCGUUCGAUGCCUUCCUCGACAUGGUUCCUCCAACUACUGCACAUGGAACGACGAUGUUUUGGUCAGGUGUGGCCGGUGCGAACAUCCCACAGGACAUCGCUCAGGUGACCACAGCCUUCACCGUCCUUGAGGAAACCUUCCCCGGCUACAUGGCUGGUAACCUGUCCUGGUGUGGUGCUACGGAUGGAGAAGAGUCUGGACCCGGUCUCAACUUCACCGUCUGCCCGACAUGGCGGAAUGAGACGUGUCCGAACAACACCAAGGCGGCUUUCUGGGACAAGGCAUCAAAGAUGUUAGCAAACCAGGCCGCUGGUGAUGUUUAUGUAACUCUCAAUGCGCAAAGGGAAGGCGGUGCUUUCAACAACGGCAGUGUAUUUGCCAGGAUAGAAUCACCCAAUCUAAACCCGGACGCUGUCACGAAUGUCGCCAUCUAUCUAAUUCCAGAUUUCACUCUUCAGAUUCCAAAUAAAAUGUAUCGAGAAACCUGUACAAACGGAAGCGUAUUGUACUUAAGAAAUCGCUUGAUGAAUAUGAAUUUCAAUGUUACUUGUGAGGAGGAUCCUACUGAGGUGAUGUGGCUCCAAUGUGCUCGUUUUCCCGAUAGCCCUUACUGCGACCGAUACAACGGGGUAGGCAAAACAGUGGCAACCCUAUCAUUUGCGGUGAUACUGCUUCAAUUCGCGUCCGUUAUAUCACUCAGCGACUGGACUCUAAGAUCAUAGAUCAUCUUCAAAAACAUGCAUGGGAGGAGGGGAGGGGAGAAACUCUUGAAAUAGUAAAUAUUUUCCACCGGUAACGAAGGCAAUACAUCGGGAUAGAAGAAAUGUGAAAUAACGGGAUAUAAUCUGGGUUUUUUUUUGCUCUUCGGCGGCCGUACGGCAAGUCGAAAACAGCCGUUCUAACAUUUUGUGUAUCAGCUAAAUAUAGGUGGUUUGAAUAAAAAUUAAUAAAACGGCUGUUUUCGACUCGCCGUAGAGCAAAUGUGACCGAGGUAUGAUUAUUUCGCUUUAUGACUUCCUGCACUCAAAAGGACGCUACGAGGACGCUACAAGGACGCUACGAGGGGGCUUAACUUACAGAUUUUUUAUCAAUAAAUGCAUUAAGUCCUUAAUUAAUGAUCUCAGGUUCAUACAAACAUUCCAUGCGCGGCUGUCACAUGGGAACAAGUAAAGUACAUAGUUCAUGUACAUGAAAACAUUCAUCACAUCAGCCAUGCCUUGUAACCACCUUUUAAUCAUACUGUUAUAUUUUGAGCUCAUUGGUACUAGAAGUGCCUUUUAAUAUUUCUAAAAAGACGCAAUACUUAUUGACCAGUUCGUAGUUACUUCAUGGGCAAUUUGGGUCAAAUGACCUUUCAUUUCUUUUACUAUGAUAGGCAGAUUUCAAAGCAAGAUAUUACGUAAGCAUGCCUUACAUAGCAGGGUGAAGAAAUUGAAUAGACCAGGUGACUAAAAUAGCACACCAAUGAAGGUAUUUGUUGCAUUUCUAGUUAGAGUGCACAAGCAUGUUGUUAUAACAAUGUACUUGGACAACGGUGAAAUACCAGUCGUUAGUGGACGUAUUCUUUUUUGUGUGGAUCUAAUGAAAAACAUAAUUCAAAAGAUUAAUCAAGACAUCGGGUUAGUGCUUAUCUCAUUAAAUAUUAAACCACCUUGUCACUUUAUAGUCCCAAUGACCUUCUUCUGAUCAUGCGCAGAACGGAACUACGAACUGGCUUAUUGCUCCAACCAUGAUGCAUUCACUAUCAUGAGAAAGUAUCCUUUAUCCUAAAUCAGUUUCAUCCACAGACACGUCAUUUCUUUCCAAUAUACGGUAUUAAAAAAAAAACAUACAAAAGCUCCAAAGUCAACUCACCAGUGGUGCUAGCGGGAUUACAACUAAAGAUACUUCCAUAUAAUGUAGAGAAGCACAAACGGGUUCUUCUGAUCUCAAACUUGAUAAUUUUGAUGUACAAAACUAAACAAAUUAGGAAGACAUUUAUCUGAUAAAUCUGAUGAGGACAGCCCAUGCCCAUGUCUUGCUACAACACCGUCUGCCCAAAGUGCUCUAUUAUAUUUACACCCUAAAACUCCCAAACACAAAAGCCUAUCCCAGGCUGAAUGUAAUAAGGCAUGCAUUUCAAUUAGCGCUGGUAUUAAAUGGUUUUGAGACAUUUCUGGCCCUUCCUUCAGGGGUCAAUCCUUUCUGUAUAUUGAUAUAUGAAUUUGUGCAAAGUUAUUUUCUCUUGUUUGUAUACGUGGACAUAAAAAGGCUACAAUGUACUCCUUUGUUUAUUCUAUAAGCUUUUGAUAACUAAUCAAAAAUCUACAUUAUGUGUAAUUCAAUUACCUGAUUAUUUUAAAGAAAUAUCUCUCCAUUGAUAUUAUCGCGAUGUAAAUUAAUAGAUAUAAAGUCUCUGUAACUAGUGUUUCUUCGUUCAAUGUUUGUCUUUCCUCGUACACAGCAUUAUCUCAGAUUUGUACUUUGUAUUAAAAUAAUUUUAUCCACAA